AUGGAAGAAACUGAACACAGAGGGCCAAGGGAGGGAGAUGAAGACCACCUGAGACACAGGAUCUCUUCUGUGGGUCUGAGAAAGGACAACAGAGGUGUAAUGAGGAUGGUGAUACACAUCAGCCUGGAGUCAUGUUACAUCACCUGAGAGGCCCAGAGAGCAGAGACGAAGAAUAGAGCAUGAAACGAGCAGGGAAUAGAGGAUGGCAUGCCUGACUGUGCUGCUCUGAUUUAUUGCCUUCUUUCUUUCUCUUGUUUCCAGCGGCACAAACCUUCACCUGAACGAUGCAAAGCAGUCCGACUGCUCGCCACAUGCUGCUGCUAACAACUGGGUGUACAGGGAUGACAGCAGCAGACGGUUCAGUAGUGAGGCUACGACACAAAAGCUAGUGAAACACGAGAUCCUGCCACAUCCCCGGUGUACAAACAAGACAUGGCUGCUGCAAGGAAAGAGUGUGUUCUCUGCAAAAUCUCUGUUUCAGAGCGUCUGGAUGAUGCUUAUCUCCCCCUGUCAAGAUAACUCCUCCUGUGUGAGGAGGACAAAAGGAGGAGCACAGAGGUCAGCAGGAAUACAGGAGGAGCUGUGA